UGACACGCAAACCGAGGUUUCCUGUCUCUCUCUCCUUCACUCUCUCUCCUCCCACCUCUCUCCGCUCUUCAACCCAUCGCCCCCCCACCUAAUCCUCAAGCAAUUUAAUGCUCCCAGCCCCAGAUCAGCACAACUCACCUUAAUUUGCCCCUUUCACCUUCAUUUUUAUGCUAAUCACUAUUGAAGUACUACUACUAUUCACCACUUCUAAAGAAAAGCCUCACUCAUCAUCACGGACUUUCCCUCAGUUCCAUGACUCUGCCGUCUCUCCGCUACAUGUUAAGAUCUCCACAUCGAAAAUGGUGGAACACAUACUUCUUGAUACUCUCCCCCCUCACUCUCCUCUUCAUCACCUCCUCCACCAUUACAUUUUCAUCCCUCCGCCCCCAAAUCCCCCCACCCAUUCCGCCGCCGCCAACACUCACCACUCCUUACCACAAUUGGGAAAUCUUCAACGCUGAUUACCAGCAGAUGCUAAACAAACUGAAGAUCUACGUCUAUCCCCAUGCCUUUCCAAGCAACAAAUCCAAAUCAUCCCCCACCGCCGCCGUGUUCCUCCCCAACCCCGACCCCUUCAACCCCAAAACCGGCAACUACUACAGCGAGCACGCCUUCAAGCUCGCCCUGCUCCGGAGCUCCCUCGUCACGGAUCGCCCCGACGAGGCGGACUUCUUCUUCAUGCCGUUCUCCGUCAAUGUGAUGCGGUAUCACCCCCUCUUCCGCUCGGAGUCGGCCAUCUCCGACUUCGUGGCGGGCUACGUGUCCAGAAUCAGCUCCGAUUCUGGGCACUGGAACGCCUCCGGGGGCGCGGACCACUUCUUCGUCUGCUGCCACUCGGUCGGCCGCGACGCCGCCUCCAGGCACCGGGAACUCCACAAUAAUGCCAUUCAGAUUACUUGCUCAUCUAGCUACUUUCAGAGGCUAUACACACCCCACAAAGAUGUAGCAUUGCCUCAAGUCUGGCCUCGGCCGGAUAUCGAAGCUCCCGACCCUCCUCAUCGGAGGUCAGUAGGACGUGUUUGGACCGAGCUCGUCUUCUUCGCGGGGAGAGCUCAGAACUCUGCUGCUCGGCAAGAGGUGUUGCGCCUAUGGGGGAACGACUCCGCGUUCCGUAUAUUCGCUGGGCAUGCAUCGAUGCCGUAUGAGGAAGGUUUCAGGAGAAGCAGAUACUGCCUCCACAUCAAAGGGUACGAGGUGAACACAGCCAGAGUUGUGGAUGCUAUCCACUACGGCUGUGUACCUGUUCUCAUAUCUAACUACUAUGAUCUCCCAUUUGCUAAUAUUCUGGAUUGGACCAAGUUCUCGAUCGUACUCAACCAACACGACAUUCCUCAGUUGAAAAACAUCAUAACAUCGGUGCCAGAGGAGACAUACCUCGACCUCUAUCGCAACUUGUGUGUGGUUAGGAAGCACUUCAGGUGGUCUCCUGUGCCUCGGAGUUACGACACAUUCCAUAUGACUGCGUACCAGCUGUGGCUGAGACGAGGCUUGCACCGUGUCACUUCAUGAAUUCUCUGUGUAAGAACCAUGAAAAUUCUAGUGGGGUCGCUAGGAUCAACGUAUCUGCAGAAUACGCAAGAGUUCCUUCUGUCGUUAGCAGAACAUGAUGUAAAAAUAGCAAAGAGAGUGAUAGAGUGUAGCAGGAAGUACACGUACGCAUGU